CUUAACUUCAGCUGUCAUCGAUGAACUAUACGCCGUGCCAUUGAAAGUGAGAUUAAAAAUGAAAUGCAUGGUAUGCAUGUCUAUUCUUCUGCUGUCUGCACCUACACAGGACUCAUUAUUGGAGUAAAAGAUGGUGUGCUUUGCCACCCGAAGAGGCCGAUACAUCACGCUGACAGUGAGUGUGAUCAUCGUUCUGUUUAUAAUCUCUCAAUCAACAAUUAGACAACUGAUCUUCGGAGCAUGUGCGUGCGGUCAAUGCGUGAUGGACCUCACUCGUGACACCUGGUUCAGACAGCGGUUCAACCCACGCGUCCAACCCUUACUGACCCCGAAAAACAGUGUGCUCAGUGACUCCCUCUACAGAUGGUGGCAAAAGCUACAAUACAAGAGUAACGUAAACUAUACAGCAGUGGUGGAGAUGUUAUUUGGCAUCUUCCCAAAUGAAGAGUAUUAUUUGGAUGCUGGUUGGGGCCGCUGCAGAAGCUGUGCUGUUGUGGGGAACUCUGGGAACCUCAAAAACUCUCACUAUGGUCCUCUUAUUGAUGCUCAUGAUCUCGUCAUCAGGGUAAAUAAGGGCCCAACAGAAGGUUUUGAGCGGGACGUGGGGUCUAAGACCACUCACCGGAUUAUUUACCCUGAGAGCGCUGUGGACAUGGACAACUCCACCCAUUUGGUGCUGAUCCCAUUCAAGACUGUGGAUCUUCAGUGGAUCAUCAGUGUCUUCACAAGCAAACACAUUCAUCGAACAUAUGUUCCAGUAAAACCUUCAAUAAAAGCAAAUAGGGAAAAGGUGAUGAUCCUCCAUCCAGCUUUCCUCAAAUAUGUUCAAGAGCGCUGGCUGCAGAAACAUGGCAGAUAUCCAUCCACCGGUUUCAUCUCACUCAUAUUCAGCCUCCACAUCUGUGACCAGGUGAAUGUAUUUGGGUUUGGAGCAGAUGUAAAUGGAUACUGGCAUCACUACUUUGAAGAAAAUAAGCAUCCUCUUAAUUCCGGCAAUCAUGGUGGAAGUUUUGAAUAUAGUAUUACAGUUAAGCUUCAUGAGAAAAAGGCACUUCGGUUGUAUAAAGGAUGGUGAUCACGUUUUAUUAUUUCUUUUUUAUUGUUAUUAUGUCUUCAAAAUAAAUAAGGACAAUAAACUCUUAUAUGCCAAAAGGUCAAGGACAAAUUGAUUCAUCAUGUCAUAACCCCUUUAAAGGCAUUCAGAGAUAAUAUGUACAUAAAUGAAGCUAAGCCUCUGUAAAUCUCAGUCCCACAACUCCCUCCUAAAAAAUAAAAAGCACAAUAUGUUUGUGUAUGCUUUUUUCCACAACACAUUUACAUUUAUGAUACACCUUGUGAGUCAGUGGUUACACUCUAUUCAGAAGUGAUCAUUUGUAUUCCCAUUGAAGACUUUACCUUCCACACUGUGAGCUUCAGAAGGCUAAAAUGUGUGGGGAUCAGUCAGGUGCACAGGUAGCUCUCAAAACCUGCUGGGUGUUUUGUCUACCGGUCCACCAGUGCCUUCAGUCCAGCUGUGGGGUCAUCAGCCGGGAGCCACCCAUCAUAGAUUUUCCACCCCAUUAAUGCUGAUAUCUGCUGUAUAUACUAUACCAUACCCAGCAUGCAACAUGUUUGUUUGUUGUUUGUUUGUUUAUUUUGGUCCUUAUUAACAAUUUUCCAAAAUGUAUGCACAUAGAAAUAAAGCAAUAAAGCAUUACAUUUAAAAGGAAAACAAAGAAUAUUGACA